AGUAACAUGAAAACGCCAUUAUUAAAUGACCAUAGACAUGUAUUCAUUGGCCUCUUGUUUAUUUCAGGCCUGCUUUUGUUUCGAAAAUAAAACGAAAGAGGAGAAAGAAAAAUACAAGGAGAAUUGGCAUCUUCUAAGAUAAGCGAGAAACCUUCACAUUGUAGAUGCUGGUGAUCGACACAGGACGGUCAGUAUAGGUUAGAUUUUCUCUCAAAUUGUAUCAUUGUAAACGAGAUAUUCGAUAUCUGCGUAUGUGUUUUGGUCUUAUUGGAUCAACUUUGGUAAUCAAGCAACAUGUUAGCAGCUGUUAUCCUCGACAAAGGGAUUCGUUCCUACAAUGGUUGCUUGUUCACUCGCCCUCUGCUUACCAAGGCUUGCACAAGUGCGUGUACAGCUGCCUUGGGAGAUUUUCUAGGGCAGCUGAUAACUAAGCAGCCAAAAACCAACUUAAUAAGCAUGGCAAGAUAUGCUUCUUUUGGUUUUGUGGUGACUGGACCUUUAGCUCACUAUUUCUACAAGAUGCUGGAUAAGAUCGUGCCACCAACAGCGUACGGUGCAGCCCUCAAGCGCCUCCUGGUGGAUAGAUUUACGUUUGCUCCUCUGGUGCUUUUGCUUUCCUUGUACAUACUUUCCAGGCUUGAAGGAAAAAGUCAUGAAACAUGCGCCAAGGAAGUCAAGGCAAAGUACUGGGCAGCUCUCAAGAUGAACUGGAAAGUCUGGACUCCAGUGCAGUAUAUCAACAUUAAUUACAUACCACAGCAGUAUCGAUCGCUCUUCGCCAAUCUUGUGGCUGUGUUUUGGAUUAUGUACCUGACCAACAAGAGGAGGCAGGCAACGGCAAAAAAUAACUAAUUUGAACUAAAUUGUGAAAUGUUCUUAUAAAUGCAGCUGUUUCAUGAAUACUUUAUACUCUGGUAUUUAUUGUACAUCUGUGAAUGUUAUAUAUAAGUACAAUGUAGAGAAAAUGCCUUGAGAUAAUGAAGUUUUGAAGGGGGUGAAUGAGGUAUUACUAGUGAAUAAGGAAAAGCUCCUUUUUUUCUUAUUUGUUAAUGCAUUUCUUGUACAUUAAAGGUGAUUAAGUAUAUUAUAUGCUGUCUCCUAAUAUACUAUCAUAUUUUUGGAACUUGUUUAUAAAGUAUAGCAGGUAUGGUAAUUUCAAGAUCACAGUUUUGUUGGAAUGAGAACAAGUACUGCAAGGAAAUAGUAUUGGUUUAAAAGAUAUGCCACUCGUCCAUCGCAUAAUUUGCCUAAUGAUGAGAUAACCUAAUUCAUUUAUCAAGAAGUAUCAAAAUUAACUACAUUUAUAUGACUGUUAUUAUUCAGUUACAAUAUAAUGUUAAAUAUAAACUGACAGAACUAGACUUCCUUCCUAUUUCAUUAGAAGAAAAUAGACUCAGGAAAGGCUGUUGUCAUGACCAGGUAACCAAUAUGUGGGAGACAAAACAGGGCAAAAGUUUUCCCCAAAAAUGUUGAAAUUAUCCAAAAUAGAAGUAUCCAAAUUAGACUAAUAUGAGCUUAAAUAAUUAUGUAUAAAAGUAUACAAAUUAAAAUCUUGUCCUGUGGUAGAGAUAUCUCAACAUUGCUAUCGUUGAAGGAUUAAGUAAAUUUGGGAGAAUAGGAAAUCAGCCUGAUUGAAUGAAUCAUUACCUUCAGUAAUUUUGUCACAAUCUUAUUAUUGUAAAGUUACUAAUGGUAUUUUGGUGCAAAAAGUAUUGUAAUACAUUUCAUGUAUUAAGAGGCUGUUGUUCAUUCCUUUUUAUGUUUAUAGAGAAAUGUCAUAGAGAAGGAUGUUCACUACAUAGGACCAGUAUUGCUCAAUUUUUACAUGGAGGAAACUUAUAAAAAUCUAUAUUGAUAUAUAUUGUUGACACAGAUGAACAUUAUUUUCUACUUGACUGGAUAUUUAAUGUAUAGAAUUAGAUUUUCAGAGGUUUAUAUUUACUUUGUGAUACAUAAAAUAUUACAGUUUUAAACAUUUUAAACGAGUUGCAUUAUUUCUGUGCCUAAUUUUGAUAUAUAGGUAUCUUGUUAUUUUUUUAUAACUUAAUUGCAAUACAAAUAUAUAUUGGAAUGGGUGUUUAUACUACAGGUAUUAUAGGAGCCUUAAUUUUAUAUGAUAAUUUGUGUAUGUGUAUGUGGUAAACAGUUUAAUGGUGAUAACUUUGCUCAAAGUUCAUAAUGCUGAUAUAUAAUAUUUUCAACUGUUUGUGCAAUCUUUGAUAUUAAAUAAAUUACAUUUUACACCAUA